AUGAUGGAAUUUAAUAAUGUCAUCCCUACUGAAAUUAACUUUGAGAGGAGACUUUUUAGCUCGGAAUUCUCUGUCAUAUUUCUUGUUACUAUCCGUAACCAGAAAUGCAUUAUGAAGGUGCAUCAUGGAAGGGGGCCGCGACGGUACUAUGAGCCCGAAGACCGUGAAUUAGAUAUUCAUGUACUUGAAACCACUGCCUACACCCGUUUAAAAGAUAAAGGACUAUGUGAUCAAGGAAUUGUGCCUUAUUUCCUGGGUUCUAUAAGAAAAUUCGAUCCAUCUUCAUGUCAACCUCACCUCAAGAUGUUUCUACAUGAUGAAUAUCUCCCUAGCGCUCUUUUCUUGGAGUAUAUACCCAACCUGGAGAUGAUCCAACUACACAAUUAUACACAGCAGCGGAUGCAUAAUAUUCUUUCCGGUAUCCGAGAGAUACAUAACGCAUUAGUACAACAUAAUGAUCCAAAACCAAGAAACAUGAUGGUUGUUGGCAAUGAAAGAGUCGUCUGGAUAGACUUUGAUCGAGCGGAAACAUAUGAUGAAGAGCAGAUUACUGACGAGCAGAGAUAUCUUCUGCAAGAGGAGGAAGAGAUAGUUAUUGGUUUCAAGGAAUGCAUCGAAGCCGAUUGCACAAAAGGGAAACUUGACGAAGCAUAUCUCUUUUACUGUACUUGA